AUGCAUGCGCGCACUUCAGCAAAGGCACAGCAGGCACGCAUUGCGGCCCUGCAAGCAGAAGUGGAGGGGCUCCAGCGUACGCUUGGCGAAGGAGAAGACGCAGCGCAGAUCGUGGACCGUCACAUCAAGCUGCUCCACAAGUACAACGAGGCCAAGGACGCGACGCAGAUCUUGAUCGGCAAGCUCGCGGCGUUUCAACAGGCGACGAUCCGGAAGGUCCACAGCGACUAUGGGCUUACAGACGCGGAUUGA